CAUGCUUAAUUUCAGAGAUGAGUAAACAUGCUUGGUCUUGCUAUGAGCACAAACAUGGGCAUCUUGCACCCAUCAAAUGUAGGGAACAAUUACCUCAUCAAUUCCAUACCACACCAAAAAAGAAAACAAAAAUGGGGAAAAUUAAAGGCCAGAUAAAACCUAUGGAAUUGUUCCCUCCUGAUUGUUCCCUCCUGUUCUCUGAUGCUAUUUAGUCGUCCUGCCCCUCCUCAGGACCAAACACUGCCACUUUCUUCUGCCCCCUCUUGGUGCUCUGCUCUCCCCCUUCCCUCACUCCCUCUUCUUCUUCCUCCCGCCUCCUCCCACCUCCUUCCAUCCCCAUCAAGCUUCCCCUCUCUCUGCUCAGCCAUGGCAGCUGCUGAAGAAGGCCCAGAGCCACUCAGGUACCAGACUUUGGCUUUGAAGGUUAGCAUCCACUGCGAGGGCUGCAAGAAGAAGGUCAAGAAGGUGCUACACAGCAUAGAAGGGGUGUACAAGACGGACAUAGACAUGCAGCACCAGAAGGUGGUGGUCAUCGGCAAUGUCUCCACGGACGCGCUCGUCAAGAAGCUCCUCAAGACUGGCAAGCACGCCGAGCCGUGGCCGGAGCCCGCUCCCCCGGUCGCCGCCAACCCGCCGGGCGGCGGCCCCGGCAGCGGAGGCAAGAAGAAGAAGAAAAAGAAGAGCAAGAGCAAGAACCUCGCAAACAACAAGCCCGCUGGGCCGGCGCCUGCGCCGGCGGAGGGCGGCAGCGGCCCCUGCCCACCGGAGAAGCAAGACCACGAUGGCUCGUGCGAUGAGGCGUCCGACGGCGAGCAUGACAAGCCUGAAGGCGGCGGCGGCAAUGGCUCCCCUGGCGCCGGGGACGCGCACGAAGGCGGUGCCGGCAAGGUGGCCCCUUUCGCCAUGACGCCGCACGGCAUGCAGCCCGUCGCGCCCGCCGGCAACGGCAGCGGCGGUGGCUUUGGCGGCGGCAAGAAGAAAGGCAAGAAAGGCGGCAACGACAAUGCGAAUGGAGACGGCGCCGGUGCAAUCGUGGAGGUCCACCCGCCGGACGCGCCAACGAAGCCCGUCGCCGGAAACGCCGGCCCACUCGUCGUCGUCGACAACGGGCCGUACCCCCCGCCGCCGGCGACGAGCUACCCGGGGUACUACUCCCCCGGGGGGCACUCGCCGGCGUACGUCGUGAGCUACAGCACAGCACACCCGAGCUCGGCGCUCCGGAGCAGCGCGUACUACCACCCGAUGGUCGGCGCGGCGUACACAGAAGGCGGCGGUAACGGCGGGUACUUCUACUCGACGGCGCCGGUGUCGGCGCCGCCGGGGUCGUACUAUAUGUUCAGCGAGGAGAACGCCAACGCCUGCAGCGUCAUGUGAGAGGAUUAAUCAGCUGAUUAAUUCAAUUAACUAAGCGUCUGCAAGCCUGGCUGUGCUGAUUAAACAGCUUAAGCUAGUGCGAUCCUCUUGUUGCAGCCAAGGAAUGAUUGUAAGCUUCUGCGACGUUUUGCUGUGCUUUGAAGAAAGAUAUAAAUUUUAGAUGCGUUAGUAUGAUAGAGUAGCGUAGCAAUAUGAAUUGCAUUGUCUUUUU